AUGAGCGCUGGAAUGGCAAAGGCGGCGAAGCCGUCAUCUCACGCUGACCCUAGGUCUGCGCCUUUGAAAGAAAUUCCUGAUAUUUUGGUAGAUCCCAGAACCAUGAAGAGAUACAUGAGAGGACGAUUUCUCGGAAAGGGAGGUUUUGCGAAAUGUUAUGAAAUUACUGAUAUGGACACAAAGGAGGUCUUCGCUGGGAAAGUUGUCCCUAAGGCAUUGCUACUGAAGCCACAUCAAAAGGAGAAAAUGAGCACAGAAAUAUCUAUUCACAAAAGCCUUGACAACCCGCAUGUUGUGGGAUUUCAUGGUUUUUUUGAAGAUGACGACUUCGUCUACGUUGUGUUGGAGAUUUGUCGGCGAAGGUCUCUCCUGGAACUGCACAAGCGGCGAAAGGCUGUGACGGAACCCGAAGCGCGGUAUUUCAUGCGCCAGACCAUUCAAGGAUGCCACUACUUGCACAACAACCGUGUCAUCCACAGAGAUCUCAAACUGGGAAACCUGUUUCUCAGUGAUGACAUGGAGGUGAAAAUUGGUGAUUUUGGUCUGGCCACUAAAAUAGAGUUUGAUGGGGAGCGUAAGAAGACUCUGUGCGGCACUCCUAAUUACAUUGCUCCUGAAGUUCUGUGCAAAAAAGGCCACAGCUUUGAGGUGGAUGUCUGGUCACUUGGCUGCAUUCUGUACACGCUGUUGGUAGGGAAGCCACCAUUUGAGACGUCCUGUCUGAAGGAGACGUAUGUCCGCAUUAAGAAGAACGAGUACACUAUCCCCAGACACAUUAACCCAGUGGCAGCCGCUCUGAUUCGCCGGAUGUUGCACGCAGAUCCUACGAUGAGGCCUCCUGUGGCCGAUCUCCUGACCGAUGAGUUUUUCACCUCCGGCUAUGUCCCCCUGCGCCUCCCCACCUCCUGUCUCACUGUCCCACCACGGUUCUCCAUCGCUCCCUCCAGCCUGGAGCCCAGCAGGAGACCACUUACAGCAAUUAACAAAGGAACAGACAGUCCAAUAGAGAAAAUGGGGAAAGUGGAGCAGCAGCUGCAGAAGGAGGAACCUCAGCCACGAGAUGGAGCAGAGCCGGCUGACACACACUUGCAUGACUUGUUACAGCAGCUGAGCAUGGUCAAUGCAGCCAAACCAUCAGAGAGGGUUGUUGUCAGACAAGAGGAGGCUGAAGAUCCAGCCUGUAUUCCUAUCUUCUGGAUCAGUAAGUGGGUGGACUACUCGGACAAAUACGGCCUUGGUUAUCAGCUGUGUGACAACAGCGUUGGCGUUUUGUUUAAUGACUCAACACGGUUGAUCAUGUAUGAUGACGGGGACAGUCUGCAGUACAUCGACCGCAGCUCAUCUGAAUCAUACCUCAGCAUCCGCUCCUACCCCGCGGCGCUUUCUAAGAAGAUCACCCUGCUGAAGUACUUUAGGAACUACAUGAGCGAGCACUUGCUGAAAGCAGGCGCCAACAUAACGCCCAGAGACGGCGAUGAACUGGCCCGUUUGCCGUACCUUCGCCACUGGUUCCGCACCAAGAGCGCCAUCGUCCUCCACCUCAGCAACGGAACCGUACAAAUCAACUUUUUCCAGGACCACACCAAACUGAUCCUCUGCCCUCUUAUGGGAGCAGUAACGUACAUUGACGAGAAACGAGAUUUCCGCACCUACAAGAUGAGUCUGAUCGAGGAGUUUGGCUGCUGUAAAGAGCUGGCCAGUCGUAUGCGCUAUGCCCGAAACAUGGUGGAGAAACUCCUGGCCUGCAAGAGCACCACUGCAGCCGCCACGUCAGCCCGCUAG